GGCACAAGAUGCGGCCCUCGAGCCUCCCGGGCGCUCGGUCACCGCGCCGAAAUGGGCGCGGGCAGAGUCGCCGCCGCCUAUUGCCGGACCGCCUCUGAACAGGAAGCCGUGCGCCGGCCGCGGAGGCCCGCCCCCAUGUAGCGACGAGCCCGCCAGCCCCAGGGACGGGAGCGAGGGGCGGGGGAGAGGGCGGGAAAGCGGGGCUGCAGCUGCAGGGAAGCUGCGCCUCCGCCACCGAUCAGAUGCUGCUUCGCCAGGUAGCCGCAGCGUCCAUGACGGCCCAAGGCGGAAGUCGUUAGGCAGAGCGGAAGGGGAACCUGCAGGGGGACUUCCGACACCAACCUGUGCUUUUUCUCCCGGCUGUCGGGGGCCGGGACUUUCGGGGGGUGCGUGGGAGUGGGGCGGGGCCGGCGCGCGGACCGGAAAAGCGGAAGCGGCCACCGCGCGCCGCCGGAAGCGGGCGUGGGGGCGGAGCCGGAGUCGUCACCGCGAACGUCAGUAUCUGCCCCGCCUUUGCCUUCACCGCCCUCGGGGUUUAAAAGGCUCCAGUUUGGCCUGAGGUGAUGCUCCGCGCUCCGUAGGGUGGCGCCGAUGCGGCUGGGGAAUGUCCCACCUAGAUGUCCGUGAGUUGUGGUUAUGGAAUUGCGAAGAAAUUGGAGCAGCUGCGCACUUGUGACUUCUCAGGUCUUUGCACCUCCCACAGUCUGCUCAUGCGCCUUUCGUGGGAUAGAAAACGUUUCCGUCAUUGGUUUUUUUUUUUUAACUGUGGGAAAAGAUGCGAGAAAAUAUGAUUGGAGAGCACAGCCUCUGAAAUCAGACCACUUAGAUAAAAAUCCUAGCUCAACUACUUACGCUCUGAACGCUCUCCAGCAAAACUGCUUCACUUCUCCAGAUCUAUUUCUUCAUCUGUAAUAAUAGUGUUUACCUUGGAGGAUGAUUGUGAAGAUAAAUGAGUUAACAUUUGCAAAGGGCGUAAAACAGUAAGUGAUCUGUAAGCAUUAACUAUAUCAUCAUCACCACUUAGGAGUAAUGAUUCUUGUACUUGUUUUUCCACCUAAUAACCUAUGAACUUUCUGUCUUCUCCUGCCCUCAUGUGGCUCUCUCUCUGAUAUCCCCAGCACCUAGUAUAGUUCCUAGCUAUCUGGCUUUCAUGAAUGAAUUAAACAGGUAUAUUCCUCCAUCUAUGCACUGUAGUUCUAUUUAUAUUACAUUAACUUGUUUGGGAUUAAGAUUAACUUACAUAUAUUUACACGUGAAAUGAAGUGUCUAGGAUUUCUUUUAAAAUACUUCAGAAAAAAGUUGGGGGAGGUAGAUGAAAUAAGAUUGGCAGAAUGUUGACAAUUGUUAAAGCUGAAGAUGGAUACAUGGGAGUUCAUUAUACUCUGUGUUUUCUCUUCUGUGUGUUUGAGAAUAUACAUAAUAAAAGGUUUUUAAAAAUUGAGGAUGGGUAAUCAACUGAAGGCCCAGAUAUUUUUUCUUUCCUAAUGAACAGCCUUUAAUCUAUAUGUACUCAA